GGUGAGCCUGGCAAACCCGGUGAGAGAGGUGCUCCUGGCCCCCCUGGCGCUGUUGGUGCUGCUGGUAAAGACGGUGAAGCUGGUGCCCAAGGUCCCCCCGGCCCUACCGGUCCUGCUGGAGAAAGAGGUGAACAAGGUCCCGCCGGUGCUCCUGGCUUCCAGGGUCUGCCGGGCCCCGCUGGCCCCCCCGGCGAGGCUGGCAAGCCCGGGUGUCCCCGGAGAUGCUGGUGCCCCCGGGCCCGCUGGUGCCAGGGGUGAGAGAGGUUUCCCCGGUGAACGCGGCGUCCAAGGCCCCCCCGGUCCCCAAGGUCCUCGUGGUGCUAAUGGUGCUCCUGGUAACGAUGGUGCUAAGGGUGAUGCUGGUGCUCCUGGUGCCCCCGGGGGCCAAGGCCCUCCCGGUCUGCAGGGUAUGCCCGGAGAACGUGGUGCUGCCGGCCUGCCAGGUGCCAAGGGUGACAGAGGCGACCCCGGUCCCAAAGGUGCUGACGGCGCUCCUGGCAAAGACGGUCUGCGCGGUCUGACCGGCCCCAUCGGCCCCCCCGGCCCCGCUGGUGCUCCCGGUGACAAG